AUGGCUAUUUUUGAAGGGUCCGAAUUUUCUUUAGGCAAAUUCGUCGAUGCCUUUCGCAGGUUUCCCGUUUUCGAAUGGACGAUUUGUGAAGACAUUGGCAAAGAAACCAAAAAAAUUAGCAGCCAGAAACGAAUCCGUAUUCUGGUAGCGCGACAAGCAACUGCACUUUAUGAUAAGUGGACAGCACAAUUUUUGGUCGAUCUUGCCCAUGUUUGUGCAAAAGAUAGGAAAAAAGUCAAUCUUCUCAUGGCGAGAAGACUUGAUGAGGAACGGGGGAGUGGUCGCGAGAUCGCCAGUUCCGAUGCAAAAUUGCUACCUG